AUGUCUAAUACGGCUGAAGGCACGGGACCAGCUUUGCCUGCGGAUGGUCUUAUUGGGUCCAUCGCAACGCCAACAAGCAUCGCUAGACUUGGUCACGAGUCGAACAUGAUUGCCCAACCUUCGACCUUCCUAUCCCCAGCCCAGAAUCGCGCGAUGCAGGACAGACCGUUGACUUCGGUGGACAGGGACCAACAGAGUGGCUUGAAAGCAAUACGGGAUUUCCUCAAAAUCCGCACGAGCUACGAUGUGCUACCGCUUUCAUUUCGACUCAUCAUCCUUAAUACCGACCUUCUUGUUAAGAAGAGUCUAAAUAUUCUUCUACAAAAUGGAAUCGUUUCCGCCCCUCUAUGGGAUUCGCACACUUCAACCUUCGCUGGGCUCCUCACCACUUCCGACUAUAUAAACGUUGUGCAGUAUUAUUGGCAGAAUCCAGAUGCGUUCAAUCAGAUAGACCAGUUCCGGCUGAGCAGCUUAAGAGAUAUUGAGAAGGCGAUCGGUGUUCUCCCCCUCGAGACAUUGUCAGUUCAUCCGUCGCGGCCGCUGUACGAAGCAUGCACGCAGAUGCUUAAAACCCGAGCACGAAGAAUUCCCCUUGUAGAUAUCGACGACGAGACCGGCCGUGAAAUGGUUGUGAGCGUUAUCACACAAUAUCGAAUCUUGAAAUUUAUCUCUGUCAACGUAGCCCAGACAGAAAUGCUGAAGAAGAGUGUGGCUGAGAUCGGGCUCGGCUCCUACGGCGAUUUGCAGACGGCAAACAUGGAUACCAGAGUUAUUGAUGUUAUUCAUAUGAUGGUCAAAUAUAGUAUUUCGAGUGUACCGAUUUUGGAUAAGGAAGGCCAUGUGCUGAAUGUGUUCGAAGCCGUUGAUGUCAUCUCAAUCAUUAAGGGAGGGGUAUAUGAUGAUCUCACGACUGGAGUUGGGGAUGCAUUAUCCAAGAGAGCUGACGACUUCGCUGGGAUAUACACAUGCAGCGAAGAAGAUCGCCUGGACUCCAUCUUUGACACAAUUCGAAAGUCCAGGGUUCAUCGUUUAGUAGUCAUCGACGAAGAGAAUCGCCUCAAAGGGGUUAUAUCACUGUCAGAUAUUUUGAAAUACGUUCUUUUACAUGGCGCGGAAGGAGAAUAG